CAGCAGCAGCAGCAAGAAGGAGGAGGAGAAGGAGCCUAGAAGCCAAGCAGGCGCCGGCGGGGCCAGUGGUGCUCCCAGCGCAGCAGGGAGCGGAGGACGGCGGAGGAAGCCGGAGCCGGAGGGGGAGAAGAGCUGCUGGGCAGCGGAGCAGGGAGCGGGCAAGAGGCCUGGGCAGCAGCCUGACCCUCCUCCUCUUGCCGCUGCUGCUUGGCCCCCUCCCUCCUUCCUCGCCAGGGAUGGAGAAGCGGGGCAAGAGGGUGGACUGCCCGGCCUUGCCCCCCGGAUGGAAGAAGGAGGAGGUCAUCCGCAAGUCCGGCCUCAGCGCAGGCAAGAGCGAUGUCUACUACUUCAGUCCAAGUGGAAAGAAGUUCCGAAGUAAACCCCAGUUGGCAAGAUACUUGGGGAACACUGUUGACCUCAGCAGUUUUGACUUCAGGACAGGGAAGAUGAUGCCCAGUAAACUACAGAAGAACAAACAGAGAUUGCGGAAUGAUUCACUCAAUCAAAAUAAGGGAAAACCUGAUCUAAACACAACACUGCCAAUCAGACAAACAGCUUCUAUUUUUAAACAGCCUGUGACCAAAGUUACCAACCAUCCUAAUAACAAAGUGAAGUCUGAUCCACAGCGGGUGAUAGAACAGCCCAGACAGCUUUUCUGGGAGAAGAGGCUGCAAGGCUUAAGUGCAUCAGAUGUGAGUGAGCAGAUCAUAAAAUCCAUGGAACUGCCAAAAGGCCUUCAAGGUGUUGGACCAGGCAGUAAUGAUGACACACUCCUCUCUGCCGUUGCAAGCGCAUUGCACACAAGUUCUGCUCCUAUCACAGGACAGCUUUCUGCUGCUGUAGAAAAGAACCCAGCAGUGUGGCUUAACACGUCCCAGCCUCUCUGCAAAGCCUUCAUUGUUACGGAUGAAGAUAUUAGAAAACAAGAGGAGCGUGUGCAGCAGGUACGCAAAAAACUGGAGGAGGCAUUAAUGGCGGACAUCUUGUCACGAGCUGCAGAUGUAGGCGACUUGGAUGAGGUUGAGAUGGACAAUGGAGAAGAAGCAUAAGAAUCAAAGAAUCAGGUAUUUAAAAAAAAAAUACUCCCAGAGGAAAUUCCUGGAAGCUGGAGGCGCUUUUUUUUCCUGUUGGUCUUUCAUGAUAAGAAGAAAAAGACCAGUGCACAUUUAUAUAGCUUUCUGGUAGCAUUAAAAACCAAUGCCAUUUUUGGGCUCUUUUUUAUGUAUAUAUCUUAUUAAAAGAAAGAAUGAAAAGAGGAAGAGGAAGGAAAAAAAGACAAAGUUACACUUUAUUUUGUAUCUAAAUGACUUCAGAAGUCUCAUUUUUAUUUUAUUUUAUUUUUUGUAAUGUUGGACAGUUCUCUAAAACAGAAGCUGAGCUUUCAAUGCUAGAUUGAAAUCCUACCGGAACUGUUAUGACUAGUACUUAAUAUUAGGGGUGUUCUUCCCCAUUUUUUUCUUAAUCUCUUUGUUCUUACAACAGUGGAUCAGGCAAACAGAAUAUUUCCCCAUUUUAUAAAAAAAAUAUUGUGAAAUGAUGUGUUAUAUAUAGAUAUAUAUAGAUAUAUAUAUAAAAGAUUUUUAUACUGGAGGUGAGUGGAAACAUCUGUAAAUUAACCACCAUCAUUCUCUAAAGAUAAUUAUAUUGAAAGUGACUGCAUUUUUUAGACUGUGAUGUGCUAUAAUUUAAGGCAAGUCAGUGCACUUACUGCCACUCAUGCCCAGAUGGUAAUACUGAGCGUUAGGCAGAAAUCAUGUGGUCCAGUGAGUUGAGUGCAUCCAGGAGACUUGAAUGUCAAGUGUCUGAUUGUGAUGUUGCACUUCUAAGAGCCCCAGAAGGAGAUAUGUGUCUCCAUCAGUGGUUCCUAUUAAGUUCAUUGGGACCUGGAUGCACACAGUGAUGUGGAUUGGGUUGCACAUUGGUAAAAUGUGCAAUUUUUCCACGCCAGAGUUGAGCAACGUGCUCAUGACCUCUGCUCUCCAUUUACAAAAUGGAGGGGAAGUGACCUACCUCACAGGGUUGUUGUGAGGAUGAACCUAAUAAAGAUUAUAAAGCACUUUUCAAAUUAAA